CCUUAGACUCAUGCCAUCAGCCACAGAAGUCCAGCAUGAUGGUCACGAGUCUUGCGCUGACAAACACCACUCAAGUUUGCUUCAGAAAGUGUCAUUAUUUCGGAAUCACUUAUAAUGUGUCGCGUGGAUCUACAACAUGACAGCCAGAGGACCGUCGUGUUUGUGUCUUCGUAUGUGAGUCGAAAAAGACGUGUGCUGAUGAAGAUUGGCUCAGUUUUGUGGCCAUCACUGCGGCUGGGAGGGACUUGAAGUCGCUCUUGUUCGGUUCUCAAUGGAUGCCAGCAUCAGCAUUCACGCGAUCAGAUGUGAAACGAAGCACGUGAACGCGAGCGAGCGGCAGAACAUGAGCGUCGUGGAUGUGGACGAAACGACGGAGAUCGGUAUGAAGACGGUUUAGUCAGAUGAAGCAAGAUGUGCUGCAUGACCUGACAGAGGGCAUCAUCUCUCUGUUUAUAAACACCCGUCCCUUCAUACAAAGGAACCACGCGGGGGAUCGAUGCACCCUCUCCAGUGGUGCAACGGGUGCUUCUGCGGUUUGGGACUGAUUUAUUCCAAUAAGACCUGCACUAUGCCAUCCGUCACCUUCCAGGACCUUCCUCUCAACAUCUAUAUUGUGAUCUUCGGCACAGGCAUCUUCAUCUUCGUACUCAGCCUCAUAUUCUGCUGCUAUUUGAUCAGUAAAUUGAGACAUCAAGCCCAAAGUGAACGCUUUGGAUACAGAGAGGUGAUUUUAAAAGGAGACCCGAAGAAGCUGAAUCUUCAUGGGCAGACCUGUGCCGUGUGCUUGGAGGACUUUAAGGUGAAAGACGAGCUGGGAGUGCUGCCAUGCCAACAUGCCUUUCACAGGAGGUGUGUGGUGAAGUGGCUGGAGGUGCGCUGCGUCUGCCCCAUGUGUAAUAAACCCCUGGCGGGAUCCUCCGAACAGCACCAGAGCAUAGGCACACUGCUGGAUGAGCUGGUGUAGCGCUCAGACGCUUCUGGAGAGAGACAAGACUGACAUCUGGCUUCAAGGCUUUCUGAGGAGUCUUUUUUUACAGACCUGACUCUGACUCUCACAACUUCUAGGCUAAGACCCAUUGUAUCUUCGGAGGAAAGAAGCCUUUAAUUUAACAUUGAAUGCUAACAGGGCUGUUCACAGUGUCAGUUUGUGUGCUAACUCACAAAGCUAAUUCACCUCUGGUUCCCUCACGAUUUCAUAAGGUUUUUUUUUACUGAUGAGUAAAAUAAGGUCUGCGGGAAACACAAAAUUAAGAUUUAAGAAGAAUUUCAAUUUGGAAACUGAUCGAGUGCUUUAUAAACUCAAGUUGCUACAUACAGUAUGAUGCAACUACCACAACAAUGUGUUUACACAUUUGACGAAACAAGAAACCUUAGUGUAGUCUUUAUGUAGUGCCCUGUUGAAAAAAGGUAUGUUUUGAAGCUAGGAUGCUGGUUUGAGCUGGUUUAAGCUGGUCGUUUGCUGGUUUAAGAUGGUCCUUAGCUGGUGUGUUGGUCGGACCAGUUUAGGACCAGCACAUGACCAGAUUAAACCACAAAAGGACCAGCAUAAACCAGCUCCAACCAGUAUCCCAGCUUCAAAACAUACUGUACCUAACCAGCAUUUGCUGUUUUUUUCAAUAGGGUGAAUUUUUAAAGCACACAAAUGUUUUAAAAUCUAAUUUCAAGAAUGAAUGUGUGUGAUUUGUGGUGUGCCAAACUGUGCCAAAAUUAAAUGUAACGGGCCACUAAAAACCAAUUGUAUCUCCUGUGAGAAAUACUGUUGUCUUCUGGGUAUUAGGACUACUCACUGAUUUUCUGUAUUGUAAGAGCUCUACAUCAGCAUUUACAGCUGAGGAGGGAACAGGAUUUACAUCAUUGAAGCACUGAACACUGCGACUGCGAGUGACAACGUGUGUGUGUUACAGCCAUCAGUAGUAGUGAAGGGUGUCUCGUUCAAGAUUAUGUGUGCACAAAUCAUGUCACUGUCUUAAGAGAUUUUAAGUAAACACUACCACAGUUCCCAGCCGCAGAAAUGAGCUGCCAGUGAAAACACAAGUGGCUUUCUUUUUGUAUUUCAAGUGUUUGUGUUUGUUUACUGUAAUGUGAUUGCCAUUGUUACUACCUUCAGUGUUUUAGUCAAUGUUUUCAUACCGAAAAAAUGAACAUUUUAAAAGCAUUUUUCUGUGCUGCACGUUUCAUUUUCUAUUAUGUGUGUGUGCAGCUGUCUUUUAAACGACCUUUUAGCUAAGCCAAAUAUUUUUUAACAAUUCAUAAAUUUCUGUUUCAUAUAUGUGGUAGAACAUGACCUUUUUUCAUUAUAUUUAAAUAUAAAAGUGAACUUCAAAUUUUGAUUUGUCUGACCACAGAACAGUUUUCCACUUUGCCACAGUCCAUUUUAAAUGAGCCUUGGCCUAGAGAAAACGCCUGCUCUUCUGGAUCAUGUUUAGAUAUGGAUUAUUUUUUUACCUAUAGAGUUUUAUCCCGCAAUGGCGAAUGGCACGGUGGAUUGUGUUCCGGACAAUGUUUUCUGGAAGUAUUUCUGAGCCCAUGUUGUGAUUUCCAUUACAGUAGCAUUCCUGUAUGUGAUGCGGUAUGUGCCGUCUAAGGGCCCGAAGAUCACGGGAAUCCAGUAUGGUUUUCCGCCCUUGACCCUUACACACAGAGAUUGUUCCAGAUUCUCUGAAUCUUUGGAUGAUAUUAUGCACUGUAGAUGAUGAUAACUUUAAACUCUUUGCAAUUUUUCUCUGAGAAACUCCUUUCUGAUAUUGCUCCACUAUUUUUCGCCGCAGCAUUGGGGGAAUUGGUGAUCCUCUGACCAUCUUGACUUCUGAGAGACACUGCCACUCUGAGAGGCUCUUUUUAUACCCAAUCAUGUUGCCAAUUGAUCUAAUAAGUUGCAAAUUGGUCCUCCAGAUGUUCCUUAUAUGUACAUUUAAAUUUCUGGCCUCUUUUUGCUACAUGUCCCAACUUUUUUGGAAUGUGUAGCUGUCAUGAAGUCCAAAAUGAGCCAAUAUUGGGCAUGGCAUUUCAAAAUGUCUCACUUUCAACAUUUUAUAUGUUAUCUAUAUUCUAUUGUGAAUAAAAUAUACGUUGAUGAGA